CACCCUUGCUUGAAGGAACAGCAGACUUCUGCUCAGCUGUCAUUAGUAGUCAGGGUCACACUCAUGAGUGAUAAUCUUGAUUUAGACAUUUGUUAGUGGGAGCAUCGUCCUGAUAGGAAGGACCACAGGAUCUGAGGCUGUGCAUAGGAUUAGUGACGAUGGACAGUCAGGGGAGGAAGGUGGUGGUCUGUGACAAUGGGACAGGGUUCGUGAAGUGUGGCUUCGCCGGCUCGAACUUCCCUGCUCACAUCUUCCCCGCCUUGGUGGGUCGACCCACCAUACGCUCCAGCACCAAAGCUGGCGACAUCGAAAUAAAGGACCUGAUGGUGGGGGAGGAGGCCAGCGAGUGCCGCUCCAUGCUGGAGGUGUCCUACCCCAUGGACAACGGCAUCGUGCGCUGCUGGGAAGACAUGAUCCACCUGUGGGACUACACCUUCGGCCCCGGUCGCCUCAACAUCAACCCACCAGAAUGCAAAAUCUUGCUGACAGAACCUCCAAUGAACCCGACCAAGAACCGUGAGAAAAUAGCAGAAGUGAUGUUUGAGCAGUACCAGUUCCACGGCAUCUACGUGGCCAUUCAGGCUGUGCUGACUCUGUACGCUCAGGGCCUGCUCACCGGUGUGGUGGUGGACUCGGGGGAUGGUGUCACCCACAUCUGUCCAGUGUACGAGGGCUUUUCUCUGCCCCACCUCACUCGCAGGCUGGACAUUGCAGGACGUGACAUCACACGGUACCUUAUCAAGCUCCUGCUGCUCCGCGGUUAUGCCUUCAACCACACCGCUGACUUUGAGACUGUGCGUAUGUUGAAGGAGAAGCUGUGUUACGUGGGCUACAACAUCGAGCAGGAGCAGCGCCUGGCCACAGAAACCACCUUCCUGGUGGAGUCAUUCACACUCCCUGACGGCCGACAGGUGAACGUGGGUGGAGAGAGGUUCGGGGCUCCUGAAGCGCUCUUCCAGCCUCAUCUGAUCAACGUGGAGGGAGCAGGAGUGGCAGAGCUGCUGUUCAACACCAUCCAGGCGGCAGACAUUGACCUCAGGGCAGAUCUGUAUAAGCAUAUAGUGCUGUCGGGAGGAACCACCAUGUACCCCGGCCUUCCGUCCAGACUGGAAAGAGAGAUCAAGCAGCUGUAUCUGGAGAGAGUGCUGAACGGGGACACUGAGAAAUUAUCAAAGUUUAAGAUCCGGAUCGAGGACCCUCCGAGUCGUAAACACAUGGUGUUCCAGGGCGGCGCUGUGCUGGCCAACAUUAUGAAGGACAAGGACUCCUUCUGGCUGAGCCGAGCAGAGUAUCAGGAAAAGGGACUGGGAGUGCUGCAAAAACUGGGAGGUGGAGUCAGAUAAAUGAGACCAAGACAGUGCCCAAAUAUUUCACAUGUAUUCUCUACGUCUUCUACAAAGAUACUGGCACUCAGCAACUGGAUGCCCCAAGCAAAUGUCACUCGAGUUUUAUACACAGAACAACUACAAAGUUAAUUGCUAAUAUAUGAAACACAAUAAUUUUUGUUUCUUUGUGGUCUCAAUUCCACCUCAUGCAAAGCUCAGGAGGCAAAAAAGUCACAAAAUGUCUAUAAAAACUGUGGAAACAGGUCUUUCAGGGUGACCGUAACCCAGGGGCCAAUCGAAUUGUUGUGUAUGACAAUAAAACUAAUAAAAUGUGUAUUUGCUCUGAGACACAACUGGAUGAAAAUUGUAUAAAUAACUAUUAUGUCCAUAACUAACAUGUUGAGUCAACCUGGAGGAAUGCAAUGAUUUGAAUCUUUUUUAUUUCUAGCAUUCUUAAUAAAGACUUAAAAAUAUAAAAGGA